CGGACUACCUCUCCGCCGCCGUCACCGCAGCCGUCCCCGCUGAAGCUCCCGCGCCGGCCAGCUCCGUCCCGCCACUCGCCGCCAACCGCCUCCCCGUCUCGGCAGGCAGCGAGAAGUCAACAUGUCGUUGGAUGUUACUCAAAUACUCUUGAGCGCACAAUCUCCUGAUGGCUCGGUUAGGAAGCAUGCUGAAGAAAGCCUCAAGCAGUUUCAGGAGCAAAACCUCCCAAGUUUCUUGCUCUCCCUAUCAAGUGAGUUGGCCAACAAUGAAAAACCGGAGGAGAGCCGCAGGUUGGCUGGUCUGAUCCUCAAGAAUGCGCUGGAUGCAAAGGAGCAGCACAGGAAAAACGAACUUUUCCAGAGAUGGCUGUCUCUGGAUGCUGGUGUCAAGGCACAAAUUAAAGCAUUGCUGCUGCAAACUCUCUCAUCUCCUGUUGCCAGCGCCAGAUCUACGUCUUCUCAAGUCAUUGCGAAGAUUGCUGGCAUUGAGAUCCCCCAGAAGCUAUGGCCUGAGCUUAUAGCAUCAUUGCUCUCCAACAUACAUCAGGUCCAGCCAAACGUCAAGCAGGCGACGCUGGAGACACUUGGUUAUUUAUGUGAGGAAGUUUCUCCGGAAGCUGUUGACCAGGACCAGGUCAACAAGAUACUUACCGCUGUUGUUCAGGGUAUGAAUGCUUCUGAAGGGAACUCCGAAGUGAGGCUUGCAGCCACACGAGCAUUGUACAAUGCAUUGGGCUUUGCUCAGGUUAACUUCUCCAAUGAUAUGGAGCGCGAUUAUAUUAUGAGAGUUGUUUGUGAAGCAACGCAGUCACCAGAGAUGAAGAUAAGACAGGCCGCCUUUGAGUGUUUGGUGGCUAUUUCGUCUACUUAUUACGAUAAGCUGGCCACAUACAUGCAGGACAUAUUUAAUAUUACUGCAAAGGCUGUGAGGGGAGAUGAGGAGUCAGUUGCACUUCAGGCUAUUGAAUUCUGGAGUUCCAUAUGUGAUGAGGAAAUCGACAUAUUGGAUGAGUACAGUAGCGAGUUUACAGCUGAUUCUGAUGUUCCUUGCUACUAUUUUAUCAAGCAAGCUCUUCCUGCCUUAGUGCCCAUGCUGCUGGAGACUCUCCUCAAGCAGGAAGACGACCAAGACUUGGAUGAAGGUGCUUGGAAUCUUGCAAUGGCUGGGGGUACUUGUUUAGGCCUGGUGGCAAGGACUGUUGGGGAUGAUAUUGUGCCUCUUGUGAUGCCUUUCGUUGAGGAGAAUAUAACGAAAUCUGAAUGGAGGCAGAGAGAGGCUGCAACAUAUGCUUUUGGAUCCAUUUUGGAGGGGCCAUCAGCUGAUAAACUGACCCCUCUAGUUAAUGUCGCCUUGAAUUUUAUGUUGUCUGCAUUGGUAAAAGACCCAAAUAACCAUGUGAAGGACACAACUGCUUGGACCCUCGGAAGAAUAUUCGAGUUUCUUCAUGGUUCUGCACUUGAAACUGCUCCUGUCAUUACAUCUGAGAACUGCCAGCAAAUACUUACUGUGCUGCUUCAAAGCAUGAAGGAUGUCCCAAAUGUGGCAGAAAAGGCAUGUGGGGCACUCUAUUUCCUUGCUCAAGGCUAUGUGGAUGCUGGAUCAGCAUCGCCAUUAACCCCUUCCUUUCAAGAUAUUGUUCAGGCCCUUCUUGUGACCAGUCACAGAGAGGAUGCUGGAGAAUCCAGGCUUCGUACUGCAGCUUAUGAGACUCUAAACGAAGUUGUCAGGUGCUCCACUGAGCAGACAGCUCCUAUUGUUAUGCAGCUGGUACCUGUGAUUAUGAUGGAACUCCACCAGACACUUGAAGCAGGAAAGUUGUCAACUGAUGAGAAGGAGAAGCGGAGCGAUCUGCAGGGUCUUCUUUGUGGUUGUUUGCAGGUCAUUAUCCAGAAGUUGGGAGGGAUGGAGUCAACAAAGUUUGCCUUCUUACAGUAUGCGGAUCAGAUGAUGGAUCUGUUUCUGAGAGUUUUUGCUUGUCGGAAUGCCACAGUGCAUGAGGAGGCUAUGCUUUCUAUUGGUGCAUUGGCAUAUGCAGCCGGUUCGAAUUUCGCAAAGUACAUGGCACAGUUCUAUCAGUAUUUGGAAAUGGGACUUCAGAACUUUGAAGAGUAUCAGGUAUGCGCCAUUACGGUAGGCGUUGUGGGUGACCUGUGCAGGGCACUGGAGGACAAAAUUUUGCCCUACUGUGACGGCAUCAUGACCCAGCUACUGAAGGAUCUAUCCAGCAAUCAGCUGCACAGAUCUGUAAAACCACCUAUAUUCUCAUGCUUUGGUGAUAUUGCACUUGCAAUUGGGGAGAACUUUGAGAAGUAUUUGAUCUAUGCCAUGCCCAUGCUACAAAGUGCAGCAGAUCUAUCAGCGCAUGCAAAUGCAGCUGAUGAUGAAAUGCUCGACUACACCAAUCAAUUAAGGAAUGGCAUCUUGGAGGCCUACUCUGGUAUUCUUCAAGGAUUCAAGAGUUCGCCUAAGACACAAUUACUGAUGCCGUAUGCUCCACAUAUUCUUCAGUUCCUUGACGCUCUUUAUAAUGGCAAGGAUAUGGAUGAUUCUGUGAUGAAGACUGCAAUAGGUGUCUUGGGGGAUCUGGCAGACACAUUGGGUGUCCAUGCUGGUCCUUUGAUAAAUCAGUCCACCUCAAGCAAGCAAUUUUUGGAUGAGUGCUUAUCAUCCGAUGAUCCAUUGGUCAAAGAAUCAGCUGACUGGGCAAGGAUUGCAAUCAGCCGUGCGGUUUCAGGUUGAUGUGUCAUUGGUCUCGAGUCUGCACCUGCAUCCAUCCACGCGUCGAGUCCAGGUCUUCGGUUGCAUCAUGGUCUAGACCUGCUCUUUGGAGAAGUCCACAAUCCUCAAGGCAGAGUCGGAGGUCCUCACUAACUCAUGCAUACAUGUGUCAACCCAGCCUUUUUCACUUCUGCGGAAAAGAGGGUUAAGUUGGCCGCCUGCUAACUUUUCUAAAGGAGCCCAGAACCCUCAUUUCCUAUUGGAUGUGAGACGAGCUUCUAUUGUUGCCUGCCAUGGCGAUGGUCCCUCGGCUUGGCAUACAUGCUUAUGGUCUGGGUGCUAUUGCUUUCCCCUGCAUUCAUUGCAUGCAUCGAACUUUGGUCGUAUUGUCAGUCUCUACAAAGCCCCAUUUCUUCUGGAUCCAUUAUGCAAAAUGGGGCUUGCAUGCAUUGUCACAGGAUUAUUUUGUAGUGCUCAGGGCGUCCAAGUUCACUAUGUUGGACAUGUUCCUCCUGAGCUGGUAGUCUGUUUACUUCCUUUCUUUUUGUUUCAUACUUGCAUGGUCUUGCAUUCAUUCUGGACUGUUUUGUAAGGGUUCCUCUUUGGUCAAGACUGAGACGGUGCGCCGUCGCGUCGGUUUAUUUCAAGGUGUUGUCGGAGCAGUGCUCUUUUUUGUUAUCUAUGCUGCUGUUCCAUUUCAGCUUGUGCUGGCGAGGGAAAAAAGAACAAUUAUAGGUCUUGGACUGGUUUUGUUCGGGCGAGAGCUGUCGAGUCGUAUUUCUUGGUUACAGGAAUUGUAUUAUUAUGUGGAAUUCCGUCACCUCCUAUCAGACGUGUCAUAUCAUUGGCUGUGUAUAUGAGAAGAUGAUGAUGAAUGUGUUCAAUGAUAUGGAUUUUGCCUUU